AUGGAAGAAGUUCAAUAUUUUAAAAAAUAUUGGGAGAAAAUACCAGAAGAAAAAAGAUUUCUUUCAAUACAAGAUGGUUUAAAAAAAAUGACGACAGCUAAAUUUGCUUACCAUGCAGAUCCUAUUAAUGUUUAUCCAUUUAUAGAACGUGUUUUUGAUAAACAAAUGAUCUGUCAGCUUACAGAGGUUCAUUUACUUCGUCCUUCUUCAUUAGGUUUGUGGUCAAUGCGACAUAGUCAAUUUCAAGAGAUAACAAAAAUAGGUCUUAUUAGGAUAUCCACUUCGGGGAUUCGGAAGCGAGAAGUAAUACGUUGGACUUAUAGGAAGCCUUAUUGUGAUAAAGAUAAACACUAUGUAUCAAGUAUAACGAUUCAUGAAACAAUACCAAUUCUACUUGUUUUAUGUUUUGGCAUUAUUUUAUCAAUUGUUAUUUGUUUUAUAGAAAAUAUAAUUUUUUACACAAUUAGAAAAAAACAAAGACAAAUAAAAGAAUCUGAACUCCGAUUAAAGAAAAAUAAUCAAAAAAAUGUAGUGCAUAUGUUGUAA